AUGGGCUCAUUGUGGAGAGGGAUGUGAUUGUGUGCGGUGUGCGUGGACCCCCUUAACUAGCUGGUCAGCACUAGGAGGGAUUAGCUACUAGCCUCGCUCUCAGACGGGCAUUGCUAAGCCUGAAUCAUGCACAUCGUCAUUAUUCCCCACUGGGAGUGGAGCCGUAGUUGUGCAAGAUGCGGAUAGCGGGGACGCGUUUCGUUCUGUCCGCAGGUCGUCCAAGAAGUUUCCCGAGUUCCGACCUCUUCACGAGGUCUCCCGCAGGACGCACAGUCGGGUGUGCGGCUCUCGUCACAUGUGCUUCACGUUAAACUGCCCCGACCCCGAAAAGACACCGACGGAAAAACGAAACACACAACUUAACACUGAACCCGUGAGACGAUUUGUGGAGUGAAAACGGAAACUUUUACGCAUUGAGAGGUCCACCAGGGAGGAGGACUGCAACGAUGGGGAACGCAGGGAGUAUGGAUCACCACAACGACUUCAGGGGUCACCAUAUGCCCUCGAAGCUCCCCAUGCCUGAACAAAGUGAACUGGAGGAGAGAUUUGCAAUCGUGCUGAACUCCAUGAACCUUCCUCCAGACAAGGCUCGGUUACUACGGCAAUACGACAACGAGAAGAAGUGGGAACUGAUCUGCGACCAGGAACGGUUCCAAGUCAAAAACCCUCCUCACACAUACAUCCAGAAGCUCCGGAGUUAUCUGGACCCGGCUGUGACCCGGAAGAAAUUCAGACGAAGGGUCCAGGAGUCCACCCAAGUCCUCAGAGAACUGGAAAUUUCAUUACGGACCAAUCACAUAGGGUGGGUCAGAGAGUUCCUGAAUGAGGAGAACAAAGGCCUGGAUGUGCUGGUGGAGUAUCUGUCCUUCGCCCAGUACGCCGUCACGUUUGAUGGCGACUGCGCGGAGAACAACUUGGAGAACUCUGUGGACAAGUCCAAGCCUUGGAGCCGGUCCAUAGAGGACUUCCACGGCGGGGGGACCCUACCCUCCAACGGCUCUGGGAUCAGCCGCGCUGGGAGGCAGUCCACGCUACGUUCGAACACGCUCCCCAGCCGGCGGACCCUGAAGAACUCGCGGCUGGUGUGCCGGAAGGACGAUGUCCACGUGUGCAUCAUGUGCCUGCGAGCCAUCAUGAACUACCAGUACGGCUUCAACAUGGUCAUGUCGCACGCACACGCUGUGAAUGAAAUUGCUCUGAGUCUCAACAAUAAGAACCCCAGGACCAAAGCUCUGGUGCUGGAGCUGCUGGCGGCUGUGUGUCUCGUCCGGGGGGGCCACGAAAUCAUCCUCUCCGCCUUCGACAACUUUCAAGAGGUGUGUGUGGAGGAGCAGCGCUUCGAGAAGCUAAUGGAGCACUUCAGGAACGAAGACAACAACAUUGACUUCAUGGUGGCGUGUAUGCAGUUCAUCAACAUCGUGGUCCACUCGGUGGAGGACAUGAACUUCCGGGUCCACCUGCAGUACGACUUCACCAAGCUGUUUCUGGACGAGUACCUCGACAAGCUAAAGCACACAGAGAGCGACAAGCUGCAGGUGCAGAUCCAGGCGUACCUGGACAACGUGUUCGACGUGGGCGCGCUGCUGGAGGACGCCGAGACCAAGAACGCCGCCCUGGAGCGGGUAGAGGAGCUGGAGGAGAACAUGUCCCACUUGUCAGAGAAGCUACAGGACACGGAGAACGAAGCAAUGUCCAAGAUCGUGGAGCUGGAGAAGCAGCUGAUGCAGCGGAACAAGGACCUGGAAGUAAUCCGGGAAGUGUACAAGGACGCCAGCUCCCAGGUGCACGCGCUGCGGCAGAUGGUGAAGGACCGGGACGCCACGCUGCAGCGCCAGGGCAACCUGGAGAAGAAGAUCCAGGAGCUGGAGAAGCAGGGCACGCUCAAGGGCCACAAGAAGGUCCACGGGGACGCCUCCGUCCUGGCUCCGGGCGCCGCCGGCACCGCCCCCACCGGCGCGCUCACGCUACCGCCCGGCGUGGAGGGGGGCGGGGUACCAGGAGGCGGGGUCCUGAACUAUACGGGGGACAUGAUGUUGGCCCCGUUGCCACCUCCCCCUCCUCCUCCUCCGCCACCUCCUCCGAUGAACGGCUUGUUGCCAAACGGGAGCUCGCCGGUCGACUCCCUCAUAGCACCGCCACCUCCCCCUCCUCCCCCACCUCCUCCUCCUCCCCUCCCCUCGUCGGGGGGGUCCAUACCUCCCCCGCCUCCCCCUCCACUCCCGGGAGGCGGCGGAACGCCCACCGUCAUCAUGAACUCCGGCCUCGCAGCCGUGAAGAUCAAGAAGCCCAUCAAGACAAAGUUCAGGAUGCCCGUGUUCAACUGGGUGGCGCUGAAGCCCAACCAAAUCAACGGCACCGUCUUCAACGAGAUCGACGACGAGAGAAUACUGGAGGACCUGAACGUGGACGAGUUUGAGGAGAUGUUCAAGACCAAGGCCCAGGGGCAGGCCUUGGACGUGAUCUCCAGCAAGCAGAAGGUGUCCCAGAAGGGCCCCACUAAGGUGUCCCUGCUGGACUCCAACCGGGCCAAGAACCUGGCCAUCACGCUGCGGAAGGUGGGCAAGACCCCCGAGGAGAUCAGCAAGUCCAUCCAAAUCUUCGACCUGCGCGCGCUGCCCGUGGACUACGUGGAGUGCCUGAUGCGCUUCCAGCCCACGGAGACGGAGGUGAAGAUCAUGCGGCAGUUCGAGAAGGAGCGCAAGCCGCUGGAGAGCCUGACCAACGAGGACCGCUUCAUGAUGCACUUCAGCAAGAUCGAGCGGCUCAUGCAAAAGAUGACCAUCAUGGCCUUCAUCGGGAACUUCACCGAGAGCGUGCAGAUGCUCACGCCGCAACUCCAUGCCGUCAUCGCGGCCUCCGUGUCCAUCAAGUCGUCCCAGAAGCUGAAGAAGAUCCUGGAGAUCAUCUUGGCGCUGGGAAACUACAUGAACAGUGGCAAGCGAGGAGCCGUGUACGGGUUCAAACUACAGAGUUUAGACUUGCUGCUGGACACCAAGUCGACGGACCGCAAGCAGACGCUGCUGCACUACAUCGCCAACGUGGUGCGGGAGAAGUACCAGCAGGUGUCUCUGUUCUACAACGAGAUCCACUACGUGGAGAAGGCAGCGGCAGUGUCGCUGGACAACGUGCUGCUGGACGUGCGGGAGCUGCAGCGGGGCAUGGACCUGACCAAGAGGGAGUACAGCAUGCACGGCCACAACACCAUGCUCAAGGACUUCAUCGCCCUCAACGAGGCCAAGCUCCGCAAGCUGCAGGAGGACGCCAAGAUCGCCCAGGACGCUUUUGACGAGGCGGUAAAGUUCUUCGGCGAAAACAGCAAGACCACCCCCCCAUCGGUCUUCUUCCCCGUGUUUGUACGCUUCGUCAAGGCCUACAGGCAAGCGGACGAGGACAACGAGUUCAGGAAGAGGCAGGAGCAGAUGCUGAUGGAGAAGCUGUUGGAGCAGGAGGCCAUGAUGGAGGAGGACAAGAAGUCCCCCUCCAAGAGCAAGCAUCCACAGCGGGAGCUGAUCCAGGAGCUGCGGAAGAAGCAGGUGAAGGACAGCCGACAUGUCUACGAAGGGAAGGACGGAACCAUCGAAGACAUUAUCACAGAUCUGAGGAACCAGCCAUACAGGCGAGCCGAUGGCGUGCGUCGCAGUGGCCGCCGGCGUUUCGAUGACCAGAGCCUGCGGCCAAUCAACAGCGGGGAGGUGGUCAUGUGACGAGGGACCGCAGGAAGAUGUGAUGUGGAUGGGUGAAGGGACGUGCGAUGGUUUUAGAAAGAGAGAGGGGGAGAGAGAGAGAGCGGAUGGAUGUGAGACGGAAGAUGCCGGGAGGAGGAUGCUGCUGAGUCUCCUAGCAACCAACAGAGAUAAAUAUGUAAAUAUAUACAUGAAAGAAAACGAAAAGACAAUGAAUCUCUGGCGUAGGAGUAGCCUCUGGAAUAAGAAGCACUGGGGUGUGGGGGGGGGGGUUAGACCGAUGGAGACGAGGGAGUGGGAGAGUGGUCUGCAAUGUUAAAAAGAAAAGAAAAGUAAUUUGCAAAGUGCCUGAACUUUUCGUGUGAUUUCAUAACGUUGUUAGUUUUCGGUUCGUUUUUCGUCCAAUUGUCGAUAGUCAUUACAAUCCAUGAAACACCACCAGGCUUUAAAUCCUUAAGACAUCUGGGAUGCGAUGAACCACCUGGAUGAUACGGUGAUACGUAGCAGGGCAGUGGAUACUGGGAAGAAGAAUUGGAACUUGCACAGAAUGUAUGGAGCGCAUUCCGUGUGACAGUUCCGGAACCCUCCGGCACGAGGAUCCAAGGCCGCAUUACUUAAGCACAUUCCAAGACUCCAGGGAUUCCUGUUUUUUCAAAACAAAAUGGCUUUUCAAUCUUUUUUUCUCCAAAAGGGUUCCUUAUCAAAGUAUUAGCUGUUGAGAUUGAAGCGAUGAUUCGAAAAAUCGUAGAAAAGGUCUGGUAGGACCGUGCCACGGUGACUUUGAAUUAUUUCAAGAGGGAUAUGAGUUGUUGGAGGAUGGGGCCAGGUUAAUGUGAACUUUAUAUUGCACAUCAUUUGUAUGCUUGACUGUACGGACGACUCAUUCAAAGCUUAUUCUUUGGUGAGGAGAGAACGAGGCUGUCCCAUCACAGUGAUGCGAUGUUAGUGUGUCCUCCAUUUUGUUUGAAUACAGUUGUGUUGUGGGUCAAUACAUGAAUAUACCACCAGAGUGUUCACUAGCAGAGUGUACCCAGGACACUGAAGCCCAUGUGAUGAAUACACGAUGGAAGGUGGAUCGAAAUACUUUAUUUUUGUUUGUUUGAAAUUGUUCAAAGGGGAUUUGGAAUCAGUGCAGCCAUCUUCAUAUCCUUAUUGUAUUUUUUAUUGUAUAGUAUUUAACCACUAAAAAGGUUUCAUUCUAGCUUUCAAUGUUUGUUUUUGUUUCAUGUGACCUUUCCAUUUGGCAGAAUGUCAGUUAAUGACGGCUCCUCUACGUCGACAUGGCAAAAAAAACAAAAAAACUAAGUUUUGUAAAUGUACAGAUAUUUUGCUACAAACGUAAAUUUUGUUGUACCCUUUUUUUAAUUCCUAAUUCAUGAGCCGUGAGGUUCAUAUUGUAAAUAUUGUUUAAACAAAAGUUUACAAUGCUCUGUGCUCUACAAUUUGAAUGUUAUUAACUUAUAGUUGUUUUCAUUUCUUAUAUUUAAUUAAACCAAAACAAUAGCCUAACAAAUCAUUAUUGUAGAGCGCUAUGAAGGCUUCUCAUACUGGAUCACUUCAUUAAAUACCGAGUGGAUCAGAAAACUACACUAAGCCAGCGACGCACACAGCACGGGAUGCAAGGGUUUCAUACACUGUUUGAGUGUGUGAAUAGCGUUAAAUUUUGAAUCUAAUUUGGACCUCAAUGUUGACAUUUGUUUAUUUCUUUAAAUAAGUUACUGCCAAUUAAGAACAUAAUGGUUUGAUAGCAAUGGAACAUUGACAUGAAAUCGAUUUAGCCUUUCUUAUUUGAUGUACCCGGUUCGAAUAAGGUUGUUUUCCAGUCGCUGGCUUGUGUAACGUUGUGAUCCAUUCUGUUCUCUGGACCAAAAAUAACCCAUUAAAGCAUGUUGUGCAUUACCAUGUUCUCUGAAGAACGUCCUGCUCAUCUCUUCUCCUGGACUGGAUAAUACUGGCAUGUCUCUUUUUAAAUCAGAAUUGUAUUUUAGGCAUUGUGUGCUGACUAUAAAAUACUUAAAAUAACUUUUUUUUUACGUUAGGCGGGAUUCUUAAUGAAUACGAUCAAUUAAACUAUUUACAUUGAAUGGAUGUUUGUUUAAUUCACUGCUGUUUUGGUCCUGGCACAGAAAUAUCCUCUGCACCUAAUUUUGAUAAACUGCCAAUUUAGGUUCCGCAUCCCCGUAAAGCACAUCACAUGUCAAUGGAUAUCUCUCGUGCGUUGAGAGUAAACUUCUGAAGGACAUGAACUGAGCAGUUUUAUUUUAAUGCUAUGAAAGAGCUGCCAACACGGACAUGAACUGAGCAGUUUUAUUUUAAUGUUAUGAAAGAGCUGCCAACACAUUGAGCGUCAGACUCACUCAAAUUACCGUCUUCACAUGCUCUCACCCAGCACCUCCUAUUUCUCACACCAAUUACUCGCUAUAACGCGACAUUUUCAAUAAUAUUGCCUCAUAUAUAAGAGUUGUUCCUGGCCAACAGUCAUACCGUAGUAACUACGAUCACGCGGCACGCCAUCUACAUUUCAGAGAAGCGCGGUUACUCCAUCUACACUUUAACUGCGCAUCUACAUGUGUUUGUACGGUAAAACACUUUUGCGCCGACAGGAACUUCAUGGCCCAAACAAGACCGUGAACUUACUCAGAAUGGCCAACAAGUUAUUUCAACGGGAAGAAUUUGUAUUUUCGUUUGUUGAAAUAUAUACUCACGUCUUACCUAAUACGCAGGCAGAUAUAGAAAAUACAUUAUAUAAUCAAAUUUCUACAAACUCCACCAUUUACUUAUAUCAUGUAUCAAGGUAUCUCUGGUGAUAUUC